AUGGCUUCCAAGUUUUGCACUUAUACGUUACAAAUUCUAUCAAAACUUGUCCAGUUUCACUCAGCUUUUAUGCUGGCUUGCUGCUGUAUUUUAAACCUGGUAUUUUCUGUUGUGGCUGUUCUUGGAAAUCUUUUAGUUAUUCACGCCUUAUGGAAAUCAUCAUCGAUACCGGCCACAGUGAAGAAGUUGUUCCUGAGUCUCGCUCUCUCGGAUCUUGCGGUAGGAAUGUUGCCGCAAUUGAUGUUAGGCGUUAAUAUCGCAGUGAUGUUAUCGAAGACAUCGAAUGGUGACAGUAACUUUGCCUCGUUUUGCCCAGUAAUUGUAACUGCGUGCUAUUUCUUCGCUUUUUUCCUCUGUUCCGCAUCUUUUUUUACUAUUGCAGCUGUUGCAGUUGACAGACUUCUCGCAAUUUUGUUGCACUUACGAUAUCGCGAACUCGUAACAUCAAAACGUGUCAAUGUCGCGCUGAUUAUGAUUUGGUUAACAAGUGGUGUCGCUGCCUCAGUAUCCAUUUUAUUCACCGUAGCCAACAUGAUCAUCGUUACUGUUCAAUUUAUUUUACUUCUAUCAACAACUGUGGCGUAUAUGCGUAUCUAUAAAGUUGUGAGAUAUCAUCGCAUUCAAAUACGAAGUCAACUUCAGCUGCAAAACUUUGAAGUAGAGGAUUUACAUCGUCAAAAGAAAUCCGCUUGGAAUGCUUUAAUCGUUUAUGUAACAUUCCUGUUUUGUUAUCUUCCAUUUUAUGUCUCUGUAUUAUUUGUGCUCAUUGAUACGGAAGGGAUGUCGCCAUUGAUAGCUAAUUAUGCCACGUUCCUUAUUAUUUUCUUGAAUUCAUCUUUGAACCCUUUAGUUUACUGUUGGCGUUAUCGAGAAAUUCGCAAUAUUGUAAGAAGUAGUUUGAAAAAAGUAAUUCACUUGAGUGAAGAUAGGGCAUAGACGACCAGUCGUUUCGCUAUUGCAUUAUCGCCCCAUGUAAGGGAAUCGCGAGUCAGGAAUCUGGGAAAACUUUUUGCUUGUGGAAUCCGGAAUUCAGCAAUGUUUUGCUGUGAAAUCUGCAAUACAGGACAAGGAAUACGGAAUCCCACUAACCAUUGCAAUCCGUAAUCCAAGUUCCACUUACAGAAAGUCUGGAAUUUGGAUUCCGGAUCCGGGAUCCACGACGUGGAAUCUAGAAUCUAAAACUGCCUUGUAUUCCCUUACAUGAAACGAACCUUAAAUUAAUACCGCCACAGAAAACCUAACUUUUCUUUAGUUGAAGUAUGAUUUAGGAGCGUAGCAAGACAUCAUGACAAGAAAAGGUUUUAACAGCUUUGUAUAGUUCGUAUAAUAUAUAACGUCUUGGCGUCCGGGUCUAAUCUACGAGGCCAUGGUUAGGAAAAUAAAGGAAAAAGAAUGCUGCCGACAAAAUUAAGUGAAUAAAUAUCUAUGAUAGAGAAGAAUAAGAGUUAAAACAAAAUAAAAGAAACUGCGAAUUGUAAAGAAGAAUUGCUUCAUCUUGCUGUUUCAUUACAGACAAUAACACAGCAGAAAAAGUGGAUAAAUGUCUAGAAAUAAAAAUAGAUGAAUUUAAACUCAGCUAUGAGGAGUCAUGAUAAGUUUUACUCCCAUUGCGAUGGACUACCAAUCUUCAUACGAGUUCGGCCUCAGCUUCUAAGAUACGGAAGGGAAGUGUCCUGAGAUUUGUUGGUAUCUCCUUCCAUAGAAUUGCACGAAUUCUUGAAAACCAUUUCUUUGGAAAUAUGUUUAUGUCUUGGAUUUUGGAGACCGAGGAUCGAGUAUUGUAGCAUUUUUUUUCGCGGUAGGGAAAAAUCCCUUCUUAAGAUUAGCGUGGAAAAGGACAUUACUUUUAUCCCACAUUGUCUCAGCGAGCAGUUUAUUGUGCAAAGAGUCAAAAGGUAAAAUCUGAAAAUGCUAAAAAAAUAAUGGGAUUUCGUAUUUAUUUUCCCGAGAAUCAAAAGCUAAAUAAAAGUGGUUUUUUCGCUUGUCUUCAUGCAAUUAGCUCAUAGCGCAAAUAGGAAGUGGUAAGUGAGUUUCCAGUGUUUAUUAGUGUCUAGUGCGGAACAAAAUGGCGUAAGUUUGAUAAAGACGCUAACGUUUAACUGAAUUUUUAACUGCAGGUGCACUAUGUGUCGUAUUCUUUACCUUUUUUUUUACUUUUACUUCAAUAUAUGUAUUUUUUUCUAAUGAGAAUAGAGCAUUUUAGUAUCGUCAGCGAACAGAUAACAAUUUAACUUAUCAAGAGCCAUAAUCUAUGGCUCUUGAACUUAUUUGAAAUAGGUCACAUGUCAUUGACAUAGAGAAGAAAUAACGGUGCCAAUACAAAACCGUCAGAAGCCUCACAGAUAGCGGUUGUUCUUCCAGAAGGCAUUUGCCGAACUACUGUCACUUGUGUUCUCCCCGUUAAACGGAAUUCAAGCCAUUCUUGUUGUUUCCUCCCAAAAACCAUAAAUACCCAACAAAAAAGUCCCUAUGUGCAUAUUUUAUUGGAUUGCCUUAAUUAUUUCACGGAUCGUGUGUUCCGUUAAAUGACCUUGCCAAAAGCCAUAUUAAUGUACACUUGAGAUACGCGGCCAAGGUUAAUGGACUUAUUGAAGGUAUUUGCAGCGACAUCUCUUAUAAAAUUGCUUGGUUGGAGUAUUAAAAAGCCGUGUGAUUUAUUAUUUAAGGUAAAAAAUGGUGUCGUGGGUGACUGGUUUUUGUCAUGACAUUCAACAGGGAAGUGCAUUUCUAGGUUUUGGCAGCUGUUGUGCUAAAUUAAGUCAUAUACUAGAAAAACUCUGAUUCGUAGAUAUUUGCAAUGUGUGAAAUACUACCAUUGCUGUUUAGCUGUUUUAAAGUAGUUUAAAAUAAAUCAACAUCAAAUAAAUCAAAAGAGUUUGUGCUCCACCAUUGAAAGCUUGAUUUUCUUCGCGAAGACAACCCGUUAUGGUGCUCUCCAAAUCACCAAGGUUAGUCGCCUGUUUCCAAAGGAUAGAGCAGGCUGGAUCCUAGGAUCCAAUAAUGCGCAAAGAGGGAUACGCACGAAAUGUUGAAUAAUUAUAGCAUCGGUGCUGCAUAAAAUUUUUGUCCUUGAAUGUGAACAAGAGAGGAUAAAGGGGACAGAGAAGGCAUCCUCCAUACACACCCUAUUCCAUAGGUAAUUCGUCUCGAGUUAUUUUUAAGACCACAGAUCCCAAGAGGGAUUAGACAACAGCCAAUCACAUAGCGCGAAUGUGUUCCGCGUGGAUGACCCACGCUCAGAGCCACGCGUCCUUCACGAAUUGAGGCAGAAAAAAAUGGCGGAAGACGCGGAGAGCAAUAUUGCUAUUUGUUUUGUCGACGAAAACGACUAAAGAGAGAUUUCUGCUAAAGCUGUGUCAGCGAAACGGAAAUUAAAAAAGAAUCGCCCUUCCUCUCUUGUAUAGAGCUAACAGUACAGCAGGGAAAUCCUUAACGGUGAAUAUUCUCUCAGGAUCAUUUAUAAUUUACAGUUUGAAGAGAGCAAUUUCUGGUUUGAUAUUUAUUCUUUUAUUGGUCUUUUAUUAUUCAACAAAAAUAACACUUGGUGUCCUAUAAUAAUAAUAAUAAUUUAAUAACUUCUAGAGCGCUAUUUACAUCCACUGAUCAACAGCGCUUAACAACUUAAAAAACUACAAUAAAAUUCAAAUUUGUAAAACUAAUUAAUGUACAUGAAUAUUACUUGGUACUUGCUUUAUUGUACAAACGACCGGUUCCAAUAGACCGGCGAAAUUUCUCAUUUUAUAAAAGCACUGAGGUUACGAUAACUUCGAGUUAAACUGAUUUCACGGGUUGUCAAAGUGUCUAGCGAUUCCCUUUUCCCAGGUGAGCGCCGACUCAUUUCGCUUCAAUAUUCAGAAAUGCUCUCGAUCUCUUUACGCUUUCAUUGCCUUUCGCCCGACAUGUUUUGCAUGGCGUUUAGUCAUGCGAAACCUCCACGAAACAUCCACGCAGCGCGCGAGGUAACUUUAUCCCGAUUCUAAAAAUAACCCGAGACGAAUUACCUAUGGAAUAGGGUGUGUAUGGGGGAUGCCUUCUCUGUCCCCUUUAUCCUCUCUUGAUGUGAAUGAAUAUAUUCGUGAAGAAGAAUUUAAUAUAGCAACACUGUUGAAUAAAAAUUUUGACCUUGAAUGUGAAUAAAUAUGUGUUAUUGUGUUUUGAGGUAAAAGUACAAUUAUAACAUGCCCGCGGGUAGCUAAGCUAAUCUAGGCGGGUCACGUUUACAAAUACAACAAAUACACAUGUGAGAACGCGGAGCUGAAGCAAAUGUGAAUGAAUAUAUUCGUAACUGAGAAAUGUUUCGUUGAAUGUGAAUUCGUGUACAUGUUGAAUGACAAUGUAGUUGUUGAACGUAAAUAAAUAUAUAUUUGUGAACAAGAAUGAAAUCAUUAAAUGUGAAUGAAUAUGGAAUUUGUGAAUUUUUGCACAAUUUCGGUAACCGUCCUAAUAUAAUUUGCCUUUUAUUAUUUCGGCUGUCUGCUUCAACUUUUAGUGAUUCCGACAAUUUGCACCCCUGCUCUAAACAGCUGUAUUAGGAUUGCGUUUUAAAGUCAGCAAAAGCGAAGUAUUUUAAAAUAUUAAUCUUCCGCUCCGCCGUUUUAUUCUUGUAAAGCCAAUUUCAAACAUCUUUCUUCAAGUAAUUAAUUGAAACUGUUUCCCGGCAACGACACAAAAUAAUUCUUUCAUUCGUCCAAUUAAAGCUGCUUAAUAAAUAUGUUAAUAUUUAUCAGGGAAGCCAAUCAAAUCUGGCCCAACCGGACUUUAAACCUCUCAGUAGAAUUUCGCUAUGGCUUCCAAGUUUUGCACUCGAACGUUAAAAAUUCUAUCAGAUCUUGUCCAGUUUCACUCAGCUUUUAUGCUUGCUUGUUACUGUAUUUUUAACCUGGUAUUUUCUGUUGUGGCUGUUCUUGGAAAUCUUUUAGUUAUUCACGCCUUGUGGAAAUCUUCAUCGAUACCGGCCACAGUGAAGAAGUUGUUCCUGAGUCUCGCUCUCUCUGAUCUUGCGGUAGGAAUGUUGCCGCAACUGGGGUAUUAUUAUCGCAGUGAUGUUAUCGAAGACAUCGAAUGGUGA